CUAAGUAAGGGUUCGGCUACACACGUUAUAUAAGCUGAUAUGUCAUUUGAUUACGAGCCUUGAAGCGACGCGGAACGUCAAGGAGUCUCUUGCCAUUCUACCACCACCACUACCUUCCGUUGUUUAUUUGGGUCUCAUCACUGCCAGCAUCGACGAAGAAGUCCCAUCCAAUCUUUCAUACCUUCAAGGUUCAUGUCGUCUCCGUCAACAUUUAAUUAUCAUCGAAGAUCUCUCUCAGCUUCUUCGCCCUCGCCCUCGCCCGUUCCAAAAACUCUAUGGCGUCCAGCAAGCAAACGAGUUCGCUCAUCGUGCAAUAGCCCUGCCCUUCCAGACUCUGCAUCUCCUCAAACACGUAAUUUCGACUUCUGGCGGACGGGGAAGAGACUCCGCAGAGAUAUAUCCCCCCCUUCCGUGACACAUACUACUGGGUCGUCCACUCCGGCGUCGACGGAUAGUCACAGUUCCGGUGUCAGUUCUUCUCCACCCCACACACCACUGUUCGCUGCUACUCCAGAAGAAUUUCACCUGUUCCCUAGCCGCUCAAGUCAUAGAGAAACCGUAUCUGAGAAGUCCAGCUCCACAAACCUUGUCGGCAUUCGGUGCUCGCAUUCUGACAUUUCCGAGGCUGACGCUACUCGCCUCAGGUCGAAUGCAUUUUGGGAACUCCGCAGGAGUAUUGCCGUAAGCGGGGAAGGCCUUGUAAAACGGAUGCGUGAUUUUGAGCAUUCCCGUUCAAAAUCGGGUAUAUACAAGCGCGCUAGGACUGUUGACAGACAAAGGGCCAAGAAACGGCAUUCCCCUAGCGUCCCCGUGACCAGAUGUGUCAGGAGGCCUAACAGUUCUGAGAGCGACGAGGAUGACAUCCAAAUAUACUCUGGAGAACUUUGUGGUCUCCCCGUCUCCCGUCAAAAACGAGCAUCGAGCCUCGGGUCCAUGGACCUGGACGACGAUGAGAUACAGUCCAGUCCUUUAUCAGAAUAUAUGGAUCAUGCAUCCACCCGCUCUUCGUCUUCCAACGAUGACGCAGACGAUCUUUCUCGCCGCUCCUUUAACAGCACAUUCCACCCUGACGCAUUGCAUUCAACAUCAUCAUCUCCAGCAUAUAAAUAUUCUGCUUAUACCACGGCAUUUAGUCCACCUCUAUCUGGCCCUUCAUCGAGCUCUCCAGCUUGUUCCUUUGAUGCACCACGUUCCAGUCCUAUACAAAACUCAAUCUCUCGAUCAUCUCAUCCCAUUGCCGCAUCCUCUGCAUCCAGCCAAGAAGAUGUGACUUUGACCUCUUCUGCCUCGCGGACUGAAAAGGCCAUUGCGGCUCUCAGUCUGGCUAUAGCCAACGGUGCGGCAGGUCUAGGCGACUACGACGCCCUUCGUGAUAUUCCUUCUGUCAUGAUCGACUCUCAAGUGGGCGAGCUCUGGCACUAGGUCUCUACAGCUACAAUCAUCAGGAUCUUAUCUUUCAAAAGUCUUGUUUAUGCCUCAUUUCUAUAUGAUAGUAUUCGCAUGCACCUCCGUCUGGACUCGAUUCAAAAUCCCUAUUUCUUUUUCAACAGCAAU